CUCGGGCGCGGCACAGCCAAAGGGAAAGCCGACGCCCGGAUGACUUCCCCCUGCCCGAGCGGGGCGGGGCGGGGCGGAGGGGCGGCCACCACCGCCACCGCUUCCCGGUCUCUUGUACCGGCUACGGCCGCGCCCGUUCCCCGCUGGCAGGCCGCACCGCAGCCGUGUCCGCCGCCGCGACAGGCACCAUGAGCGGAUCCGGCCCCGAGACAGCCCAGCCCAGCGACGCCGAGGAGAUCCGUCUCCAAGAGGCCGAGCAGGACUGGGCGGCGGCCAAGGCUUUCUACGACAACCUGGUUUCCAAGAGACCCCGGCCGCCCAAGCCCCAGCACGCCAUCACGGUGGCCGUCUCCUCCCGAGCCCUCUUCGAUCUGGUGGAGGAGCGGCGGAUCUACGAGGAGCAAGGGGUAGAGAAGUACGUGGAGUACCAGCAGAACAACGAGAAUGUCACACUGAAACCCGGACCGGCUUUCUACUUCGUCAAGGCUCUGGAGCACGUCAAUGCUCGGCUUCUUGAGCUGUACCCUGACGAUGAAGAACGGUUUGAUAUUGUCCUGAUGACUAAUAACCAUGCCCAAGUGGGCGUGAGACUGAUAAACAGCAUCAAUCACUAUGGCUUAACAAUUGAACGGUUCUGUAUGACGGGAGGAAAAAGCCCUAUCGGUUACCUGACUGCGUAUCUUACCAACUUGUACCUCUCAGCAGAUUCUGAAAAAGUGCAAGAAGCAAUAGAAGCAGGCAUCGCAUCAGCUACAAUGUUCACUGCCAACAAAGAUGUUCCUUACUCAGAUACACAGUUGAGAGUGGCAUUCGAUGGGGAUGCGGUUCUCUUUUCUGAUGAAUCAGAACAGAUUGUCAAAGAGCAAGGAUUAGACAGAUUUUUUGAACAUGAACAGCUGAAUGAAAAUAAGCCUCUUGCACAGGGUCCUUUGAAAGGUUUUCUGGAAGACCUAGGGAAACUCCAGAAGAAGUUCUAUGCAAAAAAUGAACGAUUAAACUGUCCCAUAAGGACCUUCCUGGUCACAGCCAGAAGCGCAGCGAGCUCUGGAGCCAGAGUGCUGAAGACUCUUCGUAGCUGGGGCUUGGAAAUUGAUGAGGCACUUUUCCUAGCAGGAGCUCCUAAAGGACCAAUCCUGGUGAAAAUCCGCCCUCACAUAUUCUUUGAUGACCAGAUGUUUCAUGUUGAAGGAGCACAGAAAUUAGGCACUAUAGCUGCACAUGUUCCCUAUGGCGUUGCUCAAAAAUACCAUAAAUCUGCGUAACACGACAGCAUCAUUAGCAAUUAGGUUCUUAACUCAGCCAGCCUCUGAUAUACCAUUAUAUAUCUAUGUCUGAAAACCUCUACAUUUGUAUAUUGUAAGCACUAUGUUUAUCAAUUUAACUUCUGGGUAGAACAGCUUUUAAAGGAAAUAUUUUUCAUAUAGGUAAGUUUUUAACAGAGUUAUUUAUUAGCAUUUUUAAGCCGUUCAGGUUUUUUACUUGCCUGGAUUGAACACUGUGUUAUUGGGGAAAGAUUUGUACUGAUUUUAUAACCUGAGACAUAGUUUGAGAGACAGAAGAGUUACAUUUUCUCUAAAAAACUGUUGAAGGGGUCUUUAUAAUAAAAAUCAUGCUGCAGUGCUAGUUCUUGAUGGCUAUUUCUGAAAUUACCAAAAGGGCAGUUUACAUAUAAGUGUUUACCUGUUGGUGAUCUGCUUUUUAAGUGUGUGUUCAGUUUGUUAUCACAAGGUUUCAUCUCCCAGUGAAAUGUUAGCUUAUUUUGUGUCUACAGGAACCCUUUAUUUUUCUAUAUUAUU